GACAGACAACAGAGACAGAAGCAGACAAAAAUCCUGCUUUGGGGAGCUGGAGUGUACCCCCGCUAGAACAGAAUGGGGAAAUCCAAGUCAGUCUCCAAAAGGAUUUGGGGGGUAGGGAACGGAGCUGUCAGCUGGUGGUAUGUACUUGGGGCUAUGGGGAGAAGGCAAGGACUACGGCUGGAACGUCUCUAGUCUUGCUCAGCAUCCUCGGGACCAGUGGAAAGGGAGCGAGACGGGACCUGGCAGCAAAACUCCCACCCUACUUAGGAAUCCACCAGGAUUGGGGGUUCUCUUGGUGACAUGGAGGAAGGAGAAGACAAUCAGGCCGAGGAUGCCAGCCAAUCAGAAAGAGAGGGAGGAGCUUCGGAUCCUGAGGCCACUGGAGAAUGUGAACCCUUGAGCCCUCCCUAUAGCGAAGCGGAGGCUCAGGAAGGCCCGGAAGGCCCCAAGGAGCUGGAGGAACAAGAGCCUGACCGAGGUCCGGAAGAGGCAAGCCCGUGGAAUGGGCCAGAUGAACUGGAGUUGAUCUCACAGGAUGGGGAAAACAAAGUUCGUGCCAAGCAGAACCUCCCUGAGGGAAUUUCCUGGGGUCCAUUCAGUGGAAACAUCCAGAGUGAAGGCUCCUCACCAGGGCAAGUAGAAAUGAGCCCGCCCGUGACCCUGCUGUUGGGAGAGGAGUGCUGCUGGCUGACCAAGCUCCCCCUGGUCUCGAAUGAAGCCGAUGCCAACUCGGUGAUCUUCAAGAAGGACGAGGCCAUUUGGUGCAAGACGACCAAGCCUGUGCCAGAAGCUGGCCUGAUGAGCGCGUUUCUCAUGGCUGAGCCCCAGGGCAUCACCAGCAACCCAGUGAAGACAGAGCCCGGGGACCCCGAAUACCCAGCCGCCCUGCAUGCAGACAUCCAGCUCCUGCCUCAGCAAGCAGGGAUGGCAGCCAUCCUGGCCACCGCUGUCGUCAACAAGGACAUCUUUCCCUGCAAAGACUGUGGCAUCUGGUACCGGAGUGAGCGAAACCUGCAGGCUCAUCUCAUGUACUACUGCGCCAGCCGCCAAAGUUCGGCCUCCCCGCUGGUGGAGGAGAAACCCAAGGAGACGUACCCCAACGAGCGGGUCUGCCCCUUCCCCCAGUGUAAGAAGAGCUGCCCCAGCGCCAGCUCCCUGGAGAUCCACAUGCGGAGCCACAGCGGAGAAAGGCCCUUCGUCUGCCUCAUCUGCCUGUCGGCCUUCACCACCAAAGCCAACUGUGAGCGGCACCUGAAGGUUCACACCGACACCCUGAGCGGGGUCUGCCACAGUUGUGGCUUUGUGUCCACUACAAGGGACAUCCUCUACAGCCAUCUGGUCACCAACCACAUGAUCUGCCAGCCAGGCUCCAAAGGCGAAAUCUACUCCCCAAGUGCAGGACACCUGGCCACCAAGCCAGGCCCCACAGGUUUGGCUCAGGCAGGCUCCACCGCCAGCCUCAAGUGUGGCCUCUGUGGCCUCCUUGCCGACAACCUCGCCAGCCUUCAGCAGCACAUGGCCCUACAUGGCCCUCUGCCCUCUUCAGACUCCAGCCAGGUGCCCCCAGUCCCUGAGUCACCCACACCUCCAGACACUGUGGCCAAGAAGGCCCCAGCAGAGGCAGAAAAUGGGGACGCCCAGGCCACCCCCCGAGAAAGCUGCUCCUCCUCUUCCUCGUCCUCUGGGGAGGGGGCAGUGCCACUGCUGAGGAUCAAAGAGGAGGCCAGUGAGGGCCCGGGGACAGAACCCAAUGCUGCCAGGAGCCAUAGCCAGGCUGAGCAGGGCGCCAGCCCCAGGUCAGAGCCUGAGUCCUCCUCGAGGACGUCCUCUCCCCAAAGCCUGGCAUCUGUGAAGGUCAAAUCCGAGCUGGCCAGCCCCACACCAGGCUCCAGCCCAGUGCCCAGUGAGGCAGGCGCGGGCCCCUCAGGGGGCACCAUCUUCCUGCCUCAGUACAUGUUUGGCCCUGAGCCCUCUGUCGUCCCGCAGGCCUCUGAAAUCUUGGCCAAGAUGUCCGAGCUGGUGCACAGCCGGCUCAAGCAGAGCCACGGAGGGGUGGCACCAGCCCUGUACCCAGGGACGCCUGCGCCCAAGGGUGCCACCUGCUUUGAGUGUGAAAUCACCUUCAACAACAUAAAUAACUACUACGUACACAAGCGUCUCUACUGUUCCAGCCGCCACCUGGCCGAGGACAGUCCCCCUGGGGCCCGCAAGCCAAAGGUGGCUGCCCCUGCCAAGGGCCCCCCUGGCGCUGCAGUGGCCCCGGCCAGAGCCAUGCUCUCCCCUCAGCCCCCGGAAGGACAGGGCCCGCCAGCCCCUGCAGAAGGUGAAGCAGAGGGGGAGCGCCUGUCACCAGCGGCAGAGGCCAAGACUGAGGAGGCGGGAGGGGGAAAGGAGGCCUCUCUGGAGGCAGACGGGCCAGGACGGGGCAGCGAGGACAGCCAGAGCCCGAGGAGCUCCGUGGACGACAUGGAUGAGGAUCCCAUGAAGACCGUGUGUGAGGCCUGCAACAUCCGCUUCAGUCGCCACGAGACCUACAUGGUGCACAAGCGCUACUACUGUGCCUCUCGCCACGACCCCCCUCUGCGGCGGCCUGGGGGCCCCAACAAGGUGGCCUUCGUGCCCCAGCCAGUGCGCACCCGGAAAAGGCGCAAGCUUUAUGAAAUCCACGCUGCCACCAGCAACGCCGGCCUGCUGCCAGCGACUCACCCCCCGCCACCACCUCCGCCACUGCCGCCUCCCCUGGGGGAGCUCCCAGCUUCCCCGCAGCUGGGCGUAAGCCCAGCCGAGGCCCUGGGGCUGGGUGCCCGGCCCGAUGUGCCUCCUGCCCUCCUGCUGCCCGUGGGCAAGGCCCCGGCCUCAGCGCCCUCCCCCAGCUCCAGCCCUGACAUCGAUGGCCCCAUCGACCUGAGCAAGAAGCCACGGCUGCAGAGAGCGGAGGGGGUGCCCGCAGCGCCCCCACCACCACCACCGCCCCCGCCGCUGCUCCCCCUGACCGACUACCACGAGUGCACGGCCUGCUGCGUCAGCUUCCACAGCCUGGAGGCCUACCUGGCCCACAAGAAGUACUACUGCCCUGCAGCCCCCCUGCAGAAGAGCGCCCUGGAGCAGCUGCAGAAGAUGGACAACCUGGCCAAGCCCCGCCUGGGCGGAGAGGGGCCCCGGCUCGUGCCUGGGGAUGAGCGGGAGGCUGGCGUGCGGGUGAAGGUGGAGAAAGGGGUGGCCUCGGCCACCCCGGGACUGGUCAAAGCCUCAGGCCUGCCGGUGGCCUACGCUGCUGGGGACCCCCUGCACCGUUACCCUGUCCCCAAACCCCUCCACCUUCCUGGUGGCAAGCCUCUGCCCCCAGUGGUGUGUCCCUACUGCCCUCUCAACGGGGCCAUCAAAGGUGACCUGAUCGAGCACUUCCGCCACGCCCACGGCCUCCUGGUGGCCAAGCCGGUGGCAGGACACAUACUGGCCGAGGCAGCCACGCCCCACACCCGGACACCAGCCACGGCCGGCUUAGGGGCUGAGAAUAGUCUCCCGGCCCCUCUCUCGCUGCCCCCUGCAACGACCUGCUCCUCCUCGUCCUCCUCUUCUUCCUCAGCCUCCUCUUCAUCUUCUUCCCCACAGCCAGGCCCCAGGCUCCCUCGGGACAGCUUCAAUGGCCAUGAGCUCAAGGAGCCCCCAGCCCCGGCCAACGGCAGUCCCCUGCCCGCCGGCUCUCCCCGGCCGGGCCUGCCCCUGUCCCCGGCCACCGCCCCGGCCCUCACCCUCUCGCCAGUGCCUGAAGCUCUGCUCCAGCCUCCCACCUCACCCAUGUACACAGACAAGGGGGUGCAGACCCCCAGCAAGGUCGCCCCUGCCACCGUCCCCAAUGGCAACCACAGAUACUGCCGUCUGUGCAACAUCAGAUUCAGCAGUCUGUCCACGUUUAUAGCGCACAAGAAGUAUUAUUGUUCCUCCCACGCCGCAGAGCAUGUCAAAUAAUCCUCAGCUCCCUCCCCUCCUUGCCCCUUCCUCUGCUCCCCCAGGCCUGUCCCACCACACUACAGACUGAUGAUCAAAUGACACACACCCUCAGCCCUGGCCACCGCCAGCCCAGGACAUGUCAGUGUGGGCGGCAGCGGGGGUCUGGCCCCGGAGCACUACGGCAGGGCAGGAGGAGCCCUUCUGCCCCAGGAAUCUUUCCAACAAAGCACAAGGCAUCGACCCCUUCCUUGGGCACCUCCUGGAGCCUCCAGCCUGAAUGGACUCCCUUUGCCCCCAGCCCAAGGGCCCAGUGACCAAGGAGGUGGGGUGGGGUGGGGUGGCCAGAGAAGUGUCUAGCUACAAAGAAAGGCAGGGUUGGGUUGGGGGAGGGGCAGAAUGGGACCCCGAAC